AUGUUUGGUCCAAGGUGUCGGUCGGGCGCAGCUUGUGUUGGAAGCCUCCUCAUUUCUCUUAUGUCUGAGUCGGCCAGCCAAGACGAAAGUUGCAGUGGCAGUGAAUGUGAGAACGCCGUGGAGGUCCUUGUUGGUCCAAAGGGCCAUCGAAAUUUGGCCAUCCGAGGAGGGGUGAAUAUAGUUCAAUGCUGUUGUUCCAUGAUGCUUGCAGCUUGUGGAGUAUCACCGUCUUAUUUUUUGGCAGCCGCGUUAUGUAGCGUGUGCUCUGCCAUCACUUUGUUCUACCAGUGGCACACUGCAAACCCCUGGAUGUUUGUAGCACGGGGAGUUGUGAAUGUGAUGAACUGCUUACUCUCAUUAGGACAGGCAGUCCAUCUUUUUCGGCACGACUGGCUCGAAACAUGGGGAAAUGACCUCAUGGCGUUGAAGGUGUGCCACGUGAUCAGCGCAGCACUCUCGUUGCUCAAAGCUCGCUCGCUGUUCCUCCAGUACAGGUUCCCACGGGCAGGGAUGGGUAUUCGUGGAAACGAGCAGCUUUUCUACCGCGGCUGCAUAUAA